AUGUUUCGUUUAUCCAACACCCCGGGUACUCCAACGAUCGAUGGCGAGGAGAUUUCUGCGGAGGCGGACGAGCCACCAGACGAUCGUCAACUUAAGCCGUCCUCGAAAUUGGAAAAUAUCGUUCCUCAACCAUACACCAAAGCGAGACUUUUUAUUCCGGAUGCAAAGAAGGAGUCUUUGCUUACCCGGGCUCUACUGCUCUGCGGCCCUGAGCCUUCGUCUAUCGAUUGUCUAUCUCAACCUUCACAUGUAAAUGGAUCCGAUCGAAAUUACCCGCCGUCGAUAUAUAGCAACAUCAGCGGGCCUUCGACUGCAGAACUGACCAGCGACGGGGAGACCAAAACUCCACCACGGUCAGAUUCACCAAGUCCACCGAUUCCGUCCGGUUUUGCUCAUUUGCCCACCACAUUCCGUGGCCGUAUGCAAGUCAAAAGCCCGGUAGCACCUACCACUGACAUUCCCCAAUCGGAAAUUGAAGCCAAUCUUGGACGGAAGCGCUUGAUAAGCUUCGCAUGUGGGCGAAAAAUUGACGACGAGUCGAAAUAUUCGAGCGAACCAGUGAAGGAUACAAAUGGUGUGCCCAAGCGGAAGUCUGUACUGACUUUUAUUUGCGCCCCGCGACCAACUGGCGAGAGUGAAAAGACGGUUGAACCAACGGCCCUUCGCGGAAAUUCCUUAUACCAUCAUACUGGCAUCUCACCCCUCCCGCUGCGCAAACCCAGUUCGGACCCUUCAACACCAUCGCAGGAAAAGGUCGAUCGACGCGACGCUCCUUCAAAAAAGCCACCGGGUGCCCCUCGUACUUCGAGGCCUGGUGAGUUUGAACUCUCUGAUGCGAUUCGUUUUCACGAAUUCGGUAGUUCUUUGGAAGACGAUGAUUGGGUAAACCAGACGACGGUUUAUAAGGAGAAAAUGACGCUGAAUGAUUGCAUGAAGAAGGAACUUGCGAUUAGGAAACUGGGUGAAGAAGCGGAGGAAGAAGCUCGUCAGGACGAAGAGGAUGCUGAAAAUGAUGAUGACGACGACGAUGAUAACAAUGAUGACGACGACGACGAUGAGGAUGACGAGGAUGACGAGGAUGAUGAGGAUGAGGAUGACGAUGAUGGUGAUGAAGACGAAGAUGAUUCAACGCUUCAAAAUGAUAUUUCUGACGCUGGUAAUGAGAGCGAUAAUGAGGCUGGGUUUGCGGACUCUGACGACACUGAUAUCGAAUCUGAAUACGCAUUCUGGGCGCCGUCGAUGGCAACUGCCUCUACUAGCGUUGAUAACGCUGGUGUUGCCAACCAAGUUUCUAGACGGCGAGGUUCAUGCUCUUCAACUGAAUCUUCAAACGAACGGAAGAACGGCCGCAAAGAAGUGACACCACCUCUACAAUCCGGGCGGUGCCAAAGACACCGUCGGCCUAGCAAGCCCCAAAAGUAUGGACCUUCCACACCACAUCUUCCUGAUAGCACCGAUUUCGUAUGUGGGACGCUCGACGAAGACCGCCCUUUGGAAGCCGCGUAUAUUUCUUGCAUGGAGCAACGUCGUCGGGCGAAACAUAUCCUUAUCCCCCAGGACAUUGAUCCGAGUUUUCCCACCACAGAUCCCGAGGACGAAGUUGGAGACGAUGAUGAAAAUCAUGACGACCAUGAUGACAUCACAGAAAAGGUUCAUGCACAUGAUCUAGAGGGCCUUCGCGGAAGACAGAAAGCCAGCAGCGGUAAAGUCACUCCAUCAAGCUCUCCAAAACGUCUGCAGUCACCCCCUCCGCGGCGUGCCUAUGGGAAUUCUCCCCGACGUCUACGAUCGCCUCCACCCGUCAUGAAAUCGAGAUCUCCUCCCUCACCACGCGGUCCUUAUCUCGCUGCUGCAGCGCUCCACCCUGACGGUAUGAACAUCACCGAUCUCACGCAGAGGCCCCAUCGGCCACGUACGAGGUCCCUCCCCCGCACGCCAAACCCUUUCUUCGCUCGGCUUGAACGCCGUCGAUUGACAAAGGCAAUGCCUAAUAUGGCCAGCGCCAGCGAAUCCAGCAAUCACGACUUACACACCCGCGGACCUAUCGAUAUUGUUGUGGGUCUCGAAAAGAAGCGUCAGAAACGGAAAGAAAAAUUCUGGCGCCAGCACUGUAGGAAAGCUGCAAAGGAGAAUCUUGAGCGUAAGCCAUUACCCGGUAAAGGUGCUGAACGCAUGAAAGAGCUUGGACUUGAAGUUGCGGAGCGCUUUAAGGCGUAUGGCGUUGGCGUUGGGCAAGGUGCUCAUCUUGUGCUCUCGAUAUAA